AUGGGAUUUCAGCACACCCAAUUCCUCGCUUCGCCCGUGCAAGUGUAUGGAUGCGUAACUUGUCGCACUCAUCUCGCCACGAACGAGAACCUGAUCAGCAAGAACUUCAACGGAUCGACAGGCCGAGCUUUCCUGUUCGAAGAAGUGGUCAAUGUGGAAUGUGGAGAGGCCGUGGAUCGCCACAUGACGACUGGACUUCACAAUGUGAGGGAUAUCUUCUGCAUCAGGUGCAACGCUUCGUUGGGGUGGAGAUACGAAAAGUCGUUUGUGCAAGCUGAAAAGUACAAGGAGGGCAAAUUCAUCCUCGAGAGGGCGCGCAUAGCCGACGUAGAAUAG